GUCGCUCUUAGCCAUUCAGUUUAUUGAAGUAUUCGGUGUUGUAAACACUCGCAAUUACAGGAGAAAAUGAAAUUAUUCGCCGUGUUUGCCCUGGUCCUAAUGGCCUUGUUGGCUUUUGCUUCGGCCGAUUAUCGUGUGGCCGGCCUUGACAGCGAAACUGAAGCUGAUGGUGAAGUCUGCAAGUGUGCCCGUAUUUUGGACCCCGUCUGUGCUACCGAUUCUCAAACUUAUCCAAAUUCUUGUGAAUUUUUGUGUGCCCAAAAGAAGUUGGCCCGCAGAGGAAGAAGCAUUGGUUUAGCACAUGCCGGUAGCUGUUAAUGUUGGAAGUUGAUAGUUUUCAUGAAACGGAACGAAUUUAAAUUGGUCAGAUUGUAUUUAUCAAAUUUUAUAUUUUUCUAAAAAAAAAAAAUAACAAAACCAUUCCAAGGUGA